CGAAUCGAGCGAAAUUCCACUAUGCAAUAUGAAAGGGAUGAUCUCCAGGUUUCUCCUCAAAGCAUUGCGGGUUCUGUAAAGCAGCGAAGCCAAUUAGCCGCCUACUUUCUACACCUAUAUAAUAUAGGCCCACCCAGCAUCAAUCCAGAGGUUCGCAAUCAUUGAACAAUCGUUUCCCGCCUCAAGAUGCAACUCCUUCCCCUCCUCUUCCUCAUCCCAUCCGCCCUCGGCCUCGCCUUCCCUGGCGCCGAAGGCUUCGGCCGCAACGCUAUCGGCGGCCGCAAAGGCUCCGUCUAUAUCGUGACCAACCUCAACGACUCCGGCACCGGGUCCCUCCGCGAUGCAGUUUCUAAAACUGACCGCAUUAUCGUCUUCGCCGUGGGCGGCGUCAUUAAAAUCACCGACCGCAUCGUCGUCUCAAAACGCAUCACCAUCUUGGGACAAACAGCGCCAGGGGAUGGCAUCACCGUCUACGGCAAUGGUUGGUCCUUCAGCAACGCCGACGACGCCAUCGUGCGCUACAUCCGCAUCCGCAUGGGCAAGGGCGGGACCUCGGGCAAGGACGCAAUCACCAUCGCCGAAGGCAGCAACAUGAUCUUCGACCACGUGAGCGUGACCUGGGGCCGCGACGAGACCUUCUCCAUCUCAGGGAGCGAUGUCGGCAACAUCACCAUCCAAAACAGCAUCAUCGGGCAGGGCCUCGAAACGCACUCCUGCGGCGGCCUCAUACAGACCGCCUUGGGCAACGGCAUCUCCCUCUUCCGCAACCUCUACAUCGACAACAAAACCCGCAACCCCAAAGUCAAAGGCACAAACGACUUCUCCAACAACGUCGUCUACAACUGGGGCGGCGGCGGCGGGUACAUUGCCGGCGACUCCGCGGGGGAGAGCAACGCGCACAUCAUCGGGAACUACUUUGUCUCUGGCCCGAGCACCAGCGUGACGGCCUUCACGCGGGGCAACGCAGAGUUCAAGGCCUACGUCGAAAACAACUUCUACGACGCCGACAAGAACGGCAAGCUGGAUGGCGCUGCGCUCGCUGCGACGAGUGCAAACUACGGCGGCGUCGCCAUCCAGCCCGCGAAAUUCGCCUUCCCGGGCCCAUCCAAGAUCCUCAGCCCCCCGGACGCACUCAGCUACGUGACCGGCAAGGCGGGCGCGAGUCUCGUCCGCGACGCCGUGGACAAGGCGCUCAUCGCGCAAGUGCAGAGCUGGGGCAAGACCGGCGCGACGAUCAGCGACGAGGCGGCGAUGGGGGGCGUAGGCACCGUCUCUGGCGGCGCGAAGCCCGUGGACACGGACGGCGAUGGGAUUCCCGACGCGGCGGAGACGCAGUUUGGGUUUGAUGUGAACGCCAACGAUGCGAUGGGGGAUAAGGAUGGGAAUGGCUAUGUCAAUAUAGAAGACUGGGCAAAUUCGCUGGUGCCGAGCAGCUACUGAGUGCAAUGAAUCCCAAGGUAGUUCUUUCAUUUUGGGGCAGAGACACCCUUUUUCGUUGAGACUGUGUACACUUGCUCACGUCGCAUCGCCACGCAACAUCUCCAAGCAUAGUGCAUUUGGUGCAGCUGCCCUUCUAACAUCGAUUUCAAGACAAGCAGAAACCAAUGGACCACCGGGGUUCUAUUAGUCGAUCAAAAUGGAUUACUAGUUCCUACAUGGAAUGCAAAAGGGGGAAUAGAUAUCGAAGUAAGAAAACAUAAGAGAAGGGUGUCAGGUCGUGA